GUAAAAGCAGAGCAAAGACCAGCAUAAAGUUGCAGGCCUAGAAUUUCAUCUUUGAGAGGAGAAAACUAACCAGUAGAGUGAAGCAGACACUGACAUCAAAUUUCAAGAUGCCUCCUAAAAGGAAAAUCGUUGACGACAAGAAGAAGAAUGACAAGAACACAACGUCAACAGCAAAUGAGGAUGUUACAAUUCCCAAAAAGCCAAAAGGUAAUCCACUUGUGACACAUCCAAGUCACAAAUCAAGAGAGUGCCACGUUCUAACCCUCGGACAAGGAGAUGUCGGACAGCUAGGUCUAGGUGAGGAUAUUUACGAGAGGAAGAGGCCAGCCUUAGUACCUCUUCCUGACGCUGUGAAAGGAAAGAUAGUUGAAGCGGUGGCUGGGGGAAUGCAUACAGUCUGCCUUUCAUCAACUGGCGAGGUGUUCACCUUCGGUUGCAAUGAUGAGGGUGCCCUAGGUCGCGACACGAGUGAGGAGGGGUCAGAGUUCAGUGUUGGUAAAGUAGACCUGUCAGAGAAGAUCGUGCAGGUCAGCUGCGGCGAUUCUCACACGGCCGCGUUGACGGAGGACGGCAGGGCUUACAUAUGGGGAACCUUCAGGGAUGCCAAUGGUCCAUUUGGUUUGACGUCCAAGGGUAUGGAGAAACUUCCGCACCGACUCCCUCUUCAGAAAACAGUGGUGCAGAUCUCAUCAGGCAAUGACCAUGUGUGUAUGUUAACGGAGAAUGGUGAGAUUUAUUCAGUUGGCUGCGGGGAGCAGGGACAGCUUGGAAGGAUAGCAGAGAUCUUCUCUCUGCGUGGAGGCAGGAAAGGAACAAGCAUUCUUCUUGAGCCCGCCUUCGUUCAUUGUCGGAGAAUUCGUGGUCAGGGCAAGGUUCUUUUUGAUAAUGUUUGGUGCACGCCCUACGGCACGUUGGCAAGUAGGAGAGGAGGCGGAGUCUAUGGGUGGGGACUGAAUAACUACCAUCAACUAGGAUUUGAGGACACUCGCAGUCGCUUCAUGCCAGAACAGGUGGAGUCUUUCUCUCAUCUUACAGUUAAAGACAUCCGAGGGGGUCAACAUCACACAGCUUUACUAGACAACAAAGGAAAGGUCUACACCCUUGGAAGGACGGACUACGGGAGGUUGGGUCUGGGAGAUGGUUCCAAGGAGACUUAUAAACCCACGCAAGUCUCGGCACUAGACAGUGAAGAAGUUUUAUCACUAGGAAGCGGCUCCAGUAUGAGCAACUGUGCCACGAAAAGUGGCUUUUUGUACUCCUGGGGGAUGGGAAGCAAUCAUCAGCUUGGCACUGGUGAAGAAGACGACGAAGUCACCCCAGUCAAGAUAAUAAGUAAACAACUAGAAUCCAGGAAAGUGUUCUCGGCGUCUGGGGGAGGACAACAUUGUGUCAUUCUGGCCUGUGACUAAUAAAAGGUAGAAGAGAUUUUGUUUGUAAAUUGUUAUUUAGAAAGUCCCUCCUGGAAAAGGAAUGGCUUCUGAUUCACAACUGCACACACCCCAUUACAAAAAUGCAUGCCUCAGGUUGGCUAUUAGAUUUCCAGGGGAGUUGCACCGUUUACUGAUCAGAUGGUUCAGAAUCUUCCUGUUGGACAGAAUUGUGAAGACGCUAAAUGUUACUUGAAGAUCAAAAGUGUCUCUUGAAACUCGGACAUGAUUGGAAUGAUCUAACUGACUGUUCUCCACGACAUCAUCGCAGCAAGAAUAGCAAAAGAAGAAGAACUAUCUGAAGGGGUUUGUGCUGUUGCACGAAGGCUUAAAAACAGUGCAUUUGGAGCUAUUCAUUACCUCAUAUUUAACAACAAUUUAUCUGCCAAGGGAACCAUCCACAAACAGUUAUAGAUUACAAUACAUUUUGGUUGGUAACCUGAAGGUUACUCUGUGAAACAAAGUUGUGAGUUCAGUUCAGCAACUCUAUAAAACAGUCUCCAGAAAUCAAGAGUUACUUUUUUAAUAAUUAUUUCAUAUUUUUACGUAAAAUUAAAGGAACACGUUGCCUUGGAUCGGACGAG